AUGCGUAUUGUUUGAUUGUUCUACCCCUGUUCCCACUCUCCCUACCCUCCCUGUAUUCUGUGACCACCGGGACCUCUCAAGUACCGCAUCAGUACACACUGAUGUCGAUGGAACAGGAUACCAGGGCACUGCCACGGCGCAGUGUCAGGCUCGCAGUUCGUGCUCGACCUACGGUACCUCCACGAACCAAGGCUCAGCAACAGAGACUCAGCAGGCGGACGACUCCAGCGGCAUCGAGUACAACAUUGACGGUACCGGACACCACCGGAGCUCUUCCCGCAUGCCCGGUCCGAAGGGCCAGUGAGCCGUUGGCUGACUAUUUUGGGCGGCUACAGGUAUUUACAAAUGCCGUAACUGCCGCCAAGGCUCAGCAGGAGGCAGCAGAGGCAGAACGUCAGCGGCUGGCCAAUGAGGCGGCAGCCCAAGCUCAGCAGACUGCUGAGGCUGACGCAGCGGCACGAGACCAACGGAAUGCCGCCAGUACGGAGUCCCUGAUUCAUAGUGAAAGUCAGUGGACAACGUUCCUCCAAGGCAUGAUCUUUGUGCCUUCGGACGCGCAGGCAGAUCCGACACCGGCGGAGGCAGAGAGGACUCACCUGGCUAACUUGAUGUUGGGCAUGAUGAGAGGCAUCAUGUGGAAUAACACACUGCUGCAGGCACAUCUGCGCACGGAACGACAGCAGCGACAAAAGUACCAGCAAGACAUUGUUGUUUUAACAACUGCCAUCCGCGCCGAAGCAACGCAGCAGCAGCAACARCAUCAGYUGUUGAACUCCGCUCUCGCACGCAUCAACAGCAUUGAGGCUAACGCCUCAGCAGCGYCAGGCUGCACGACAGACGCGACGAAGCAACUCAAUGAGCGCAUCGAUGACGUCGUCACCAUCAUCGGCGACAUAGGUGUUUUCAAUGGGCCGGACACGAUCAGUAGCACGGUGGCCGCCAUCAAGACGGACAUCACCAAGCUGCAGACGAGACCGGACGCCGCUACAAAGACUUACAAGAUGCCGCACUUCGACAUCAGCGAGUUCGACGACUACAACAAGUCGGACGCCUUGACAUGGUGGCAACGUUUCCUCACGGAAGCAUCAUGUCGCACUGUCCCGGCAGACGACAUGAUGAAGGCACUCUACUUGCAACUAAUUGGAGGAGCGCAGGCUUGGAUGAACCAUCUGGCGGCUACCAACAAAUGCACCAUCGCCAAACUCMACACGCACAUYACGUGGAMAGAGUUCGAGAAGCUAUGGYUCACCCGGUUCAUGGUCCGCAACGUCGUGAAGGCGGCCAUGAACGAGGUGUACACCUGCUCUCAAGGAAAUAUGCCAACUCGAGACUGGACAACCAAGUGGCAGAAGAUAGUGACCACGCCAGGAUUCGAUUUGAGUUUUCCAAAUCAACGAUCCGAGUUCUUCYCGCGAUCGUGCGCGGGACUGCGGUCGGCACUCGGCAACGAGUACGACUAUGACACGUUCCAGGUCAUUCUGGAUCGUGCGAACUUAGUCAUCCAAACGGAUGACAAGGCCGCAAACGAACGGCAGUCCCAGCCGCAUUAUGUGGCUAAGCAGGGCUAUCAACGUCCGACACAUAACAAUGUCGUGAUUUCUGAAGAAAMAGAYGAUCUCCACGCUGCAGCAGCAUCCUCGAGUGAUGGAGGAAUUGUAGCAGCGCUCCCGCCGAAGCGUCCCAAGAGAGUUCGGAAGAACAAGGCGACACAAGAGACAGCAUCGACGGGAACUCGGCAGCAGCCAUGGACGGGUUACAAGAUAACCAAGGAUGUCUAUGACCUUCGUCAAAACAAACUCGGGAAACUGAGUUACGCAAGGAGAGGGGCGACGUCUCUCCUCACUCCGCCGGACCCGGUUGCCUUGCUAGCAAUCGAUGUCACUACCGGGGAGCAUGCGUUAGUCGCUGAUUCUCGUGCCACGUAUGAGGAUUAUGCCGCCCAGCUGGUACCACCAUUAGACCAGCCAAGCCACGUGCACUUAGCUAGCGUAUGCGCAACCUGUACACCGUCGGCAAGUGAUCCGGUCAGUUCGCCACUGAUUUCCGAGGACUCGACGGCGUGGUCAAGACUUGAGGAGCUUGACCCGCUCACGAGAGAGGACUUCGCUUGGAUGCCUCUACCCCCGACCGGAACCUUACCAAGGCCGCAUUGCAACGCCUUGAUGGCAACUCUACGCUCCUAUUUGCACACUACAGUACCAGCUCCGUUGACGGACGACGGGGUAGCGGUUGUCGAUCUCCGCUCCUAUCUUGCGAAGAUUGACCGCGAGUACGCCACCCAAAGGUACGUCGAAACCGACGCACCUUUGCUCUAUAUCCGCAUUCAAAUCGGAAAGGCAACCUGUAGUGCCUUGAUUGAUUGCGGAGCGUCUCGCAACUUUAUGAGCCAAGCCUUUAUGGCCCGCGCAGGUCUUGGCCCACGCGUUCGAAGGAAGACGCAACCUACGCAAGUUACACUCGCGGACGGCCGCACGCAAAAGUCAAUUGACCGAUGCGUUGACGGCGUUCCGGUCUACUUUGCGCCACUUGCGUGCGAGCCGGUGUCUUUUGACAUCCUCGACACCAAGUUCGACAUGAUUCUAAGCAUGUCUUGGCUGCGUAGCACCGAUCAUCCGGUGAACUUCCAUGAUCGAACCGUUCACAUCCGUGAUCGGAAUGGAGUGUUAGUCCCAUGUAUGGUCGCGACCCCUCACACUUUGAUUGCUUGUCACGUGGUUUCCGUUGCGAGAAUUCGCGACGCCAUUGCUCGGAAUGACGUCGAGGAGAUGGGCCUUGUAUUCUUGCAUGCUCUCCCCUCGCCGGACAGACCAGCCGCGUCACCGCCGGACCCACACAUUUCUCACCUCUUGGACGAGUAUAGAGACGUCUUCGAGGCUCCCACCGGAACGGUUCCGGAUCGGCCCAUACGUCACGGGAUCACUCUCGAGGCUGGCGCCGUCCCUCCGCGUGGAUGUAUCUACCGCAUGAGCGAAGAGGAACUCGAGGUGCUUCGCGCACAGCUCGAUGAYCUUCUCRACAAGGGCUGGAUUCGCCCUAGUUGCUCGCCAUACGGCGCACCUGUUCUCUUCGUCCGGAAGAAGAACAAAGAUUUACGGUUAUGCAUCGACUAUCGGAAACUUAACACACAAACCGUAAAGAACGCCGGCCCUCUCCCUCGGAUUGAUGAUGUCCUGGAGCGGUUAGGCGGCGCGACGUACUUCUAGAAGUUGGGCUUGAAGUCAGGUUACCACCAGAUUGAAAUCCAGCCUCAAGA